UGCCCUCAGCUUGCAAAGAGUUAACCCAUUAGGCCACAUCCUGGUGAGCUCAUCCCAGCUGCAGCCUGCUCAGUGGCUGGGACCGAAACACACAUGCCGACUUCUGGAUGUGGCCGGCGUGGCUUUCUCGGGCUGGGAUGCAGCAGUUGAGCCGAAACUCACGGCCGACUUCCUCCCUGUGCGAGCCCCGGCUGAUCUCCAGGUUCCCCAGCCUCCCCGGGACACCGAGAACCUACAAAAGUCCCGUAGGCCCCUGCACUGAGAGCCAGGCUACCGGUAGAUGCUAAGAACAGACUUCUCGGACCUCACCCUUGAUUCUGACUGCUGCUGCUACCCGGUGCCCCGUCCUGAGCAGCCAUGACGAUGGAGGCUCUGCCCAGCGUCCUGGAGGUCGAUGAGAAGUCCCCAGAAUCUAAGGACCUGCUGCCCAGCCAGACAGCCAGCUCACUGUGCGUCAGCUCCAGGAGUGAGUCCGUCUGGACCACCACGCCCAAGAGCAACUGGGAGAUCUACCGCAAGCCCAUCAUCACCAUGUCGGUAGGCAGUGCCAUCCUGUUGUUCGGCGUGGCCAUCACCUGCCUGGCCUACACCUUGAUUAUGGAUAAGACUAUCAUCAACGUCCUCAAGAUGACAGGACCCGCCUUCCUGUCCCUGGGACUCAUGAUGCUGGUGUGUGGCCUGGUGUGGGUGCCCAUCAUCAAGAAGAAACAGAAGCAGAGGCAGAAGUCAAGUUUCUUCCAGAGCCUCAAGUUCUUUUUCCUGAAUUGUUGAUGGCAUUGCCCUAACACCCGCCACCUUGACCAGGAGAAGAUCUGAUGACCAACAUCCCCCAACAUCCCCACCUCCACCGUGGGGUGCAGCAAAACUGAUCCCGGCAGUCUCCCUGGCCCUGAGCUCUAUCCUCCAAGCCACCUGGGAGUGUUGCUGGAUGAAUCUCACAUUGUCUCUCUGCUGUCACAUAGCCAUGGCCAUCCCCUUCCAGUGCUCUCGUCCCUGCUCCUGCAUCCAGGCAUCGUUCCUCUAACUCUCGGCCAAGUGCAGUGCAUGCUGGGAAAUUCCUCAAGAACCAGCAGUGCCUGGAGGAGAACUUCCUGUUUACAUAUCUGAGUGCCUAAGCUGGAUUCCACGUUUGCAUCCUUCUGGAACCAAAACUGACCGACAAAGCUCCUUUACAGAGAAGGAAGGGAAGGUUGAGCUCUGACCCAUCGGGUUUGACAAGCCCUACUCCCUUAGCGGGUGAGACAUUGGCUUGCAAAUCCAGAGGCUAGAACAAGUAUCAAGCAUUCCAAAGACUGAGCCGUGGAGGCAGGUGGGGGAAGAACACUUCCCAUGAAGCCAUACCCCCCUGGAAAUGGCUCUGGCAGUUAGCCAAUUGAACACCUUUAAAUUCCCAGUUCUAUAGUGUUUACCCCUGAGGCAAUGGGGUAGGCUAGCGGGUGCCAUGUUUCCCCUUGACCUACUAACUCCUUCUCACUGGUGACUUUCGCCAUUGCCAAGGACAAGUGCAUGUGGCCCUGGCUUCCUCUUUCCCGUUCCACUUGCUCUAUCCUCAGCGUUAGAACGGGCUGAUAGACAGUGACAGAGGAGUUCUGUAAGCUGUCCUCCCCAUCUCCUUCAAGUUCAAAGCUGAGAAGAUCCAAUUUCACAUCUUGCUUUCCAAAGAAAUAACAGCCAAGCCCAGUGGCAUCUGGAGCAGCCUGUUCUGAGUUCUUGGAGCAGUUGUGGGAAUGCAGGAAUAUCCACUCCAGACUUGGAAGAAGGCAGAGAUUCUCUUGGAAGCCUUGUCACCCAGGCUGAGACUAAAUGGAAAGAAAGAGUUAGCACCGAGGGGACUGGGAUGGCGCCCCACCCAGGUGGUAGGAACAACUCGAGUGUGACAAGACCAAGAACCGUGUGGCCACUUCCCUGCCCUCCCAGAUGUUCAGCUUCCUCCCAUCACUCACCUGCUUCCCGGUUCCUCCCCCAAGUGCCUUACACGGAGUUCUGGUGACACAUUGAGGGCCUCCUGCAGCCUAUGGGAGAGGCUGAAAGUGGGUAUCCAGAUUGUGCACCAAGCAGAGAGUUCUUUUGGGGUAAGUGCUCCCAAAAAUCAAGGUUUCCUGUAAGAAACCAAAAAGCCUUGGGAUGAUACACGAGGUGGUGCACCUGAGAACCAGGGUCAUGGUGCCCCACGCCAGGCCAGGGCCCCCGAGGGACAGCGUUGGAUAACAUCGCCAUGAAACCCUCUCUCCCAACAGACCCCCAGGUGUCUCCAUCCUCCACAGUGGUCCCACACGCAGAGUCAGCACCCAUCCUUGUUCUUUCUGCAUUGUGGGAAACUCCAGCGAGGCAAGUGCCUGUGUCGUGAGAACACUCCCUGCACCACCCACUUAGGAAGCCAGAGUCUGGGAAACCUGUGAUCUUUGAGGGGCAUGGGGUUGGGACUGAUCUUGGGGGCGUGGCAAGAACUCUGUCACUAACUGUAAUUACGCUUCUAGUGUCUGCAGGGACCUAUCCUGCAGAACAUCUCGGUUUUUUUUUUUUUUUAACUUUUUUUUUUUUUUUUUGACAGAGUGGAUAGUGAGAGACACAGAGAGAAAGGUCUUCCUUUUUGCCGUUGGUUCACCCUCCAAUGGCCGCCGUGGCCGCACUGCGCUGAUCCAAUGGCAGGAGCCAGGUGCUUCUCCUGGUCUCCCAUGUGGGUGCAUGGCCCAAGGACUUGGGCCAUCCUCCACUGCACUCCCUGGCCACAGCAGAGAGCUGGCCUGGAAGAGGGGCAACCAGGACAGAAUCCGGCGCCCUGACCGGGACUAGAACCUGGCGUGCCGGCGCCACAGGCGGAGGAUUAGCCUAAGUGAGCCACGACGCUGGCCUCAUCUCGUUUUUUCUAACAUGAAUGCACAUUCGAGAUCAGCCUGCAACACCCCUCUCUUGCUCCCCAACGUUGUCUCACAUGGGAUGAGUUCCCCGGCCAGCUUGCCACAAAUCCACACUCCCCAUGCCACAUCUCUCAGCUCCAGGGCUGGUAGUCUGGCCUCUGUGGAUGCUGCUCCAUGCAUGCAUUAGUGGAAGGAAGUUGGGGGGAGGGGGAGGACGGCGGCCAAGGCUCUAGAAUGUGUCCAAGUUCAAGGCUGAUUCUGCAGCCUCCAUUCCCUGCUCCUCAAGCCAGAGUCUCAGCAGGGGAAGAUCCUCACAUGUCGUCCAUGUGCACUGAGAUCCUGACGUGAGCAUGGGCCAGGGUCACAGUGACACAGGACAUCUCAGAGCUUCUGCCAAUGUCAAGGUGUUGGAUGGACUGUGAAUGGAGCUGGGUCAGAUGCCACGCUCCUGCCACAAACACCCCCUGCAGUAACUCCUCUCAGGUCUGCAGGUGGGAGGACAGGACCAGCACUCAUAUUUUCAGCUCUUCUCUACUCUCCCCACCCACACUCCACCAGUAGCUAUUCUGUUUGGAUGAAUUUGAUCUGAUCUGAGGUCUGAAGAUAUCCAUGUCAUAUUGAAUUACAGUCUGUUUAAUGGGAUCUGCUGUGUUUUCAUUCUGUUCCAUCAGUAAUUCUAAAACUGUGUUCAUUAAUUCAGUCCUCUAAAACACCCCACCCGAUGCACACAUCCCACCCCCACCGCCACGCCCGAGCGCUGCCUGGGAGGGAAGCAACAGUGUGGGUUUCAUGUCUGGUUUCUGGGGAGCUCCCCUAGAAGCCGAUGGCUGGACUCUGAGAUGCUGCAGAGAGACCAGCAGCUUCUAUCUCUUUCCACCCCACAAGCACAGUACGGAGAGAAAGACAGACAUGGAGAAAGAACCUUCCAGAAGGAAUCAGUUCUUUGGGGUGAGGCAGGCAGAUCCUCCAGGGUCAGCCUGUCGACCUCCACAUGGACCAGUGAGAGCAGGCACAGGAGAGGAGUGCAGCUGAGCUCCCUGGGUCUCCCUGGCCUCUUCCCUUCUGGUCCACCCCAUUCUGCACCCUGGGCUGCUCCAUCCUGGGUCCCUUUCCCAUGGCACCCCACCAGGAUCACAGUGCCCCGGCUUUCUGCUCGCCCCAGCUGGCUCAGUCCUGAAAACAGCAGAGAAAGAGGACGGCGCUGGGCUGAGUGCAGCAGGGCCUGUGUCUUCGUCCAUUCCUGGGCUUCGUCCAGAGCUAUGGGUGCCCACACCCAUCACUUCCUCGCCGUUCCCCAGCCCUUGGAGCUUCGAGGGCCCUGGGAAACUAAAACUCAAAGCCACAAGUGGGUCAGACGUGUGCAAGGGAACUUUUGGGGAGGGGGUGCACCUAAUGACUAUUUGUCUACCCAAUAUCUAUCUUCUCAUCUUCUCUGGUGAUAAAAGCCCUAUUUUACUGAAGGUAACAAGGCAGCCAGGCAAAAUAGGAUCUUUCCUCAAUGGCCCCCAGCCUCUCCCUUAUAACAAAGGCUGGCCAAUGAGAUGCACAGGUGCACCUUGACUGACAAGGGGCUACAUCUUAAUAAACCCAUAUGCUGAAAGUAUUGUAAGUCAAAAAUGCACCGACUAUACCUCCCCUACUCACCGCACUUGCCAGCUUCACAACACUGCACACUGUAGGUAUCAGCUGUUUGCCUGUGUGAUCAAAAGGCUGAACGGGAAGGUGCACUUACUGCACCAGCAUCAUGAGAGAGGAGCAGAUCACACAUCGCUAGCGUGCAAAAAGAUCAAAAUUCAAAAUUUCAUGCACAUUUUGUACUGAAUGCCUAUCACUUUCGAGUAACCAUUGGGGAAGUUGGGGACAAUCAGUGUGUAUGGAAAUGACAAGGUGGGGACUAGGGGAGCUCUUCACCUGCCACAAGCUGUGGUCCCUCCAUCGUUCCCUUUUUGGAUGUAGAUCCCAUGGAUGGAGCUGCAGCUGCCAUCUUGGCACCACCUACUGACCUUGUCAAGGAUAGCCGAGCAAAAAGUGGGAAGAUGCCUGUGACCUUGAAGGGAUCCUGGGAUCUCCUGGGCUACCUAGCCCCAGGCUUCUCUUACAGAGACAAAAAUAAAACCUUCUCUCAGUUGAGUCACCAUGAUUUGGAGUCUGUAACUUGCAGUCAAAUGCAAUUCUUAGCUCUACAGGAGACAAGUCUGAGUUGAAGAGUUAUUUUCGUCCUCUGCGCUCUGCAUACGGUUUGACUGGUAUCAGUAGCCAAUGCACUAAGGACUGAGAAUCUCAUAAACCAAACCUGAAUCAGUGAUCCUACAUUUGUUUGUCAUCCACCUCCCAGCAUUCUCCAAGUCUUGGAGGAAGGAGGAAAAGGCAAAAGGAUCAUCAUUACAAUGGCCCAGUCCUCUUGCCUUCCUGAGGCCGGCCAGUGGGGCUGAGGGUCUGUGGGCCCCUUCAGACACAGGUAGAAUGUCCUUCACAAGCAGGCUGUCAUCUGUGGCUGGAAAGCCUGUCUCCAGACCAUCCGGCAUCUCCCCCACUAAUAGCUUCUCGUGCUGCACGUGUGACCUUGCAGCCUUAAACCUCACCUUCAGGGUGGGUGCAAUCUUUCACUCAGAGCUGGCAGGGGAAGAGGCUGAGCACUGGGGGAGAGUUGGACCAGCUCUGGGAGACCCUGGCAAUCUUGUAUAACCUUGUGCUUUUAAACCAUGCCUUCAAGUUAGUCGCAAUCUUCCACCCAGAGCUAGCAGAGGAGUGGGCUGGGCCCCUAAGGAGACAGUAGGAGACCCCCGCUAUCUCCUAGAGCUUCAAGCCAAUCAACAUACUUAUGUGAAACCCUCAUCCAAUGGGUGCCCCCCCAGAAUGAUCCAAUGAAAAAUAUGUAAUGCCUUAAAAACCCAGGGCACUUCCUCAAAGCCAGUGUCCCGCUUGGGCACUCACCUGGUCUCCUCUCUGACCAGAUGCUUUCUCUAUCGCUUGCCAAUCAAAUAAAAGUUUCUGCCUAUUUGUAAA